GAGAGGUAGAGUUGUUGUUGUUGUGAGAGGGAAGUGACAGGCAGUACCUUACUCGUGCACGCCCACCAGCAACACCUACUCCUCUUCUUGCUCCUCUUCCUCGCCAUGGAGUCUCCUGAUCUGCAUGCAAAAUACCAGAAGCUCGCCACUGAGUACUCUAAGUUGCGAGCUCAGAACCAGGUGCUUAAAAAAGCUGUAGUUGAGGAACAAGAGAAAAAUACACAGUUAUCAGAUUCAAUGAAAUCAAGAGAUCAGUUGCUGAGAAAAGCUGAGCAAGAAAAUGACUCGCUCUCAUUCAGAAAUCAGCAACUCACAAAGAGACUCACACUUCUGCAGCAAGAUCUGGAUGAAAUACAGCUGAAGAAUAAGAGAGGGAGAGGCAAGGCUGAGUCAGUAGUGGAUGGAGUAGUUGCUGACACAGAAGUAUUCACGGAGGAACUUCAUUCCAAGAUUCAAGAAAAUGCAAGGUUACAGUCGGAACUUGCAGACAGCCAGACAGCAUAUCGCAAACGUCUAUUCGAGGUUGAAACACAACUGGACGCAGCCAAGAGAGAAUCACAGAAGUACAAGGAAAUGUUACAGCUGAGGGAAAGAUCUACUAAUGACAUGGUUGAUCAGCUGGAGAGUGAGAGGGUUCGCCAGGAGGUGGUGGCCCAGCAGAGAGAGGCUGAGCUGCGCACUUUGAAGGAACAGGUGACCAAGUUACAAGAUAAGCUGAGCAGUGGUGCCAGCAACACUGCUGCUGCUUCAUCUCACCAGUCUCAAGGGGACACCCAGGAUACUGUCCAUCACAGGAUUGCAAAAUCUCCAGGAUCAAGCAGCCUUAACAUUCCAGUACAAAAUGGAAGAGAGAAGUCUCCCAGUUAUACAGCAAGAAGUCUGGUGGACACCUAUGAUGGUUUGAUUCAGGAUAUGUCAAAAUCAUUUGCCAAAUUUUUGUGUUCUUACAGCACCAGAGUGAAGCAUCAUCAUCAGCAAUCAGAGGUUCAGCAAAAGUUAAUAGAACAUUUGAAGUCGGCUGCCUCCCCGUGGCACUCUCUGGCAGCAUCAUACCACCAGCUGACUGAAACUGUCUCUGUGGAGGGAUUUGUAGCUCUGGAGACCUUGACAGGACUGUCCCAUGUGAGCCAUCAAGUAAAUGCUUGUGUGGCCAGCCUGCGUAAAGUUCUGCCUCUUGUGGUUCACUGGGUGUGUGAGGGUAGCCAAGGUCUCGCCAAUGCUGACCGUACCAGUGCGUCGUGGAGUGCGGCAUUCAGCAGGCUGGUAUCCUCAUGGGGAUCCCUCACCCCAUAUGUAGCGACCCUGGCCAAUCAGAGCACACCAAACUCCACCCUUCCCAAAAGUGCACAAGGCCGCAUCAUGUCCAUGCUGAGUGACCGUCUCAGUAACUUCCAUGCUGCCCUCAAAGAAGCCACAAGUGCAUGCCAGAAGAAAGUCGAGAGUGAAAAGGAGCUUUCCUCAAUAUCAAGUGAUGCAAAAGCUGCUAAUGAGGAAAUGGUGAAUGCCCUCACCUCUCUCACCACUGUGACAGGCAAGAUGUCAAGCAUCUUCAAGGAGCAGGUGUUGUCUUCCUGGAACAGAGGUGGCUCAACCCCAAGCACACCUUCCUCGCCCUACCCAAGCAUGCCUCAUUCCCUCAGUAAAUCAGGAACCUCCCUGUGUAGUGUGCAAGAUGAUGGAACUUCAGCACUGUAUGAUGGCACCCUGGUGAGUCCAUCUGACAGCACCACUCUUGGAGACACUGAAGUGUCCCUGAUGAAGCAGCUGGCUCUGGCUUCAUCCAAACUUACUCAGCUAGAGGCAGAGAGGGAGCACUGGAGGCUAGAACAUCAGCUCUUACAAUGUAAGCAUCAGAAAGAAGCAAAGCGAGUACGAGAGCUUGAGAGCCAGCUGAGGGGUGAAUCGGUCUCUUCAAAGGAGGAUGGAGUACACAAGGACCACUCUGCCUCUGUCACUUCUGCAACAUCAAUGAUAGGAGAGGUGCAAGGUUGUGAUGGGUCACUUGAUGAAAGGGAAAAAGAUAUCAGAAAUCACUUCACCAACCGCUGCUCACACCUUUACAUGCAGCUCACAUCAGCCACGAGUCAAGCUGCUCUUUAUCAAAAUGAGUGUGAGUCCUUAAUGAGACGUCUAGCAGUAAGUGACGAGACCAAGACUGCCAGUGAGCAGGAGAUGGACAAGCACAGGGAAAGAGUCAAUCAGCUGAAGGAAGUCCUGCAAACAACCUCCAGAAACUACGAGGAGCAAAUUUCUACAAUGUCAGAGCAUCUGGCUGAUCUUAAUGAAAAGCUAACUGCACAGUCAGAAUUGAUAGAGCAUUUAAAGUUUGAAGCAAAGAGUAAGAAGAGCAAGAAGUGAUGAAGGUAAUGUAAAAAAAAUUGUAUUAUUUUUGUGAAGAUAUUAGUUAGUAUAGAUAGAACUGACCUCUGAACUUGUGUAUAUCGUUUUUACUGCCAUCACCAUCAUCAUCAUCAGCAGCAUUAGUAUUAUCACAAGUGAAUUAUCUUCAUUCUUCAUGAGUCAACACAUAGGAUAGCCAGCUAGUAGCACACCUCUGAAGUAGAUCACCUCUUUACAUUCCCAAGUAUUUUCAGUGUUGUAACAUUUCAUCUAUAAUUCAUUAUUAUUGUUAUUACUAUUGUUAUGAUCAUGAGUGGCCCAUUGGUAUAGGGACUGGCAUGCUUGGCUCACACCCAAUAGACUCCAGGUUUGGAUCUUAGCUGGGAGGAGACAAAAUGUUUCCUUCUUUCAUACUGUAGACUCUUUUCACCUAAUAAGAAGUAAAUGUGAGGCAUAAGCCAGAUAUGAAUGGAAGCUAGUGUAAUUUUGUUGCUGCCCAAUCUGGGAUUCAAAAACUGGUAUUCUCAGGUGUGAGAUGAGCAGUUUAACCUGUGCUUCUAAAAAUAUGUAUAUCACUAUUGUUAUUAUUAUAAUUAUUAUUAGUUAUUAUUAUUAUUAUUAUUAUUAUUAUUAUUAUUAUUAUUAUUAUUAUUAUUAUUGUUCUUGAGACAUUAUAAUCAGUUAUUAUUACUACUACUAUCAUCAUCACACCAGGGUUUUUCAUGGAUUAAAAUCAUUAUAUUUUAUCCCAACACAAUAAUGGACCAGAGUUAAGUACAGUCAGUUUAACAAGUUUGCUCCUGAGUUUUGCUGUUGGUGAUUUAUGCUAUUCUUUCUUUUCCAUUUCUCAAAGUUAUGUAUAAUGCUGUGAUUUACCUAAGUUGCAAAACUUAUUUGCUGUCUCCUCUUUUAGUUUAUGUAAUUUGCCAUGCAAGACUUGAGAACAUAUAUAUUUAAUAAGUUUGAGUUCAGCAGGUAUAAUCGAAAUGAUAUAUGUUAUCUCAGAGUCUGUGGGAUUCAUUAUCAUUGACAUCAUCAUCAUCCUCAUCAUUGUGUAUCUAUAUUAUGCAGAUUUGGAACUCCAUACUCACAGUAAAUAAAGACUAAAUAGCAAAGCAGGUAGAACUUGUAUUCAGCUUUCCUUGCUUGCUAUGCAUAUUUGGAAACAAAUAUGUGAGAUUCAGUACCAGUGACAGACAGGCCCUCCAAGGUUGGGGGUGGGGAGGGGGUAGUGUCAGCCAGUGUAUUGCACCAGGGCCCAUGGAGUCUUUGGGAGGACCAAAGAUAGAGAUAGGGGCCCCCCAUCUCUAUCUUUACCUAUUGGGUGCAGGGGUAGUGGCCCUAAAAGAUUCCGGCACCAAUACGUUUCAGUUCUCUCGGCAAUCCUGGUGACAGGACAUAUGGAAAUUAAUAUACUUUUUUCAUUCUGUACCGUCACCAUGGAUUUUGAAAGCUUUGUUUUUUAUAACAGUUUACCCACAUCUUCAGGAUGAUUACAACUUAAGAGGAGAUUAUUUAUGGUCACAGAACUUAAUUCUUGGAUAUUUUUGUUUUAUUCAUUAACUAAUAAUUAUAUAUCUUUUAGUUUUUGGACAUAAGUGUCUAAUUCAUAGAAUGUACAUGAAAGAAGCCUUAACUAAUAUAUCAUGGUGGUUUUUACUUAAAUAAAUACAUAUGUACUGUGUAUGUAUAUAUUCACUUAUAAUUUAUGAGUUACAAAGAUAUACAGUAAUGUAUUUCAAGAUACAAUUGUACUAUUGAUACAUUUGCUGUGGAGACUGAAUUUAGAUAUUAAAGAAAACCAUUAAAUAAAUAUUUACUUACAGUACAA